AUUUUCUUUUUACCUCGAUUUGCAACAAUGGAAAUGGAUGGGCGACUCCCGCUGCCGUACUAGUGCUUUGGCCAUGGAGCUGAAGCGACUCAUCUUUGCUUAGCGCAGUUAUUGUCUUGCUGAUGACAUUAACUGAUGAACAUUUUCACCCAACUCCUGAACACAAGGCAUAAUGGUUUCAGAAAUACUUCAACAGAGUCAUCUAGUGGAUGGGGAGGCUGAAGUAAAUCUUCAGAAGCAAGGCAACGAACUCCCAAGUCAAAUUUUGAAUGGAAGACAUGGAAAAUCAGGCUCUGAUAGAAGUAGUGUUAGACCUAGUUUAGAUUAUAACUGUGGAGAUGAUAAUACUGGCAUAGCUUCUUAUAGGGAUGUACCAAGCAGCGUAAAUAUAGAUAUUCAACCCGAUACUUUACGUAAGAAGGCAAGGCAGCAGAGAGAAAUGACAUUCCAAGAUAUGUGUAACAACCUGGACAUCUUUGAGGAUGAUGAUGAGGAUGACGACGAUGAUAGUGACUGGGAACCUUUACAGAAACUCAGGGAAAUAAUGAAGUGGUUCUGUACAAAUUGUACCAUGGCCAACCUCGAUGUUGCCGUACAUUGUGACUCAUGUGGAGAACAUAGAGAAUCAGGAAUAUUGAAGCAUGGGUUUUUUGCUCCUUCAUUUUUACACGAAUCAACUUUAUUAGAGGCUGAGCUAGAAACGAGAACUGACAAAGGCAUGGUUUCACAAGUAUCAACGUCUAAUAGUUCCACGGCAAUAGGCUUUGAUGAGAGAAUGUUGCUGCAUUCAGAAGUUGAAAUGAAGUCACACCCGCACCCAGAAAGACCAGAUCGUCUGAGAGCUAUUGCUGCUAGCUUGGCUACAGCUGGAAUUUUUCCUGGAAGAUGCUAUCCUAUCCCAGCGAGAGAAAUUACCAAAGAAGAACUUGAGAUGGUUCACUCCGCGGAGAAUAUUCAAGCUGUUGAGGUGUCGAGCAAUGUUAUUUCUUGUUAUUUCACACCUGACACUUAUGCAAAUAAGCAUUCAGCACAGGCUGCUAGGCUUGCAGCCGGUUUAUGUGCUGAUCUUGCUUCAGAAGUUUUUUCUGGUCGUGCCAAAAAUGGUUUUGCUCUGGUUCGUCCUCCUGGUCACCAUGCAGGUGUUAAACAAGCCAUGGGGUUUUGCCUCCAUAACAAUGCGGCAGUAUCUGCAUUGGCAGCUCAGGCUGCUGGUGCUAAGAAGGUUUUAAUAGUUGAUUGGGAUGUUCAUCAUGGAAAUGGAACACAGGAAAUAUUUGAGCAAAAUAAAUCGGUCUUGUAUAUAUCUUUACAUAGGCAUGAAUUCGGUAGAUUCUAUCCUGGAACUGGAGCUGCUGAUGAGGUUGGCACGAUGGGAGCAGAAGGAUAUUGUGUGAAUGUUCCUUGGAGUCAGUCGGGAGUUGGUGAUAAUGAUUACAUUUUUGCAUUUAAGCAAGUUGUGCUUCCCAUAGCUUCUGCUUUUGCCCCUGAUCUCACUAUCAUAUCAGCAGGAUUUGAUGCUGCAAGGGGUGAUCCAUUGGGAAUGUGUGAUGUAACUCCUGCUGGGUAUGCACAGAUGACUUACUUGUUGAAUAUCGUCUCCGGUGGGAAGUUGCUAGUUAUUUUAGAAGGCGGCUAUAAUCUUCGUUCCAUAUCAUCUUCAGCUACUGCAGUAAUCAAGGUAUUGCUGGGAGAAAGUCCUGGAUGCGAUUUGGACGAUCCUUUACCCUCCAGAGCUGGGAUGAAAACUGUACUAGACGUGCUUGCGAUUCAAAAGAAUUUUUGGCCCGUGCUGGAAUCUAGCUUUUCACAAUUACAAUCACAGUACGAGAUAUAUACAACGCAAAGAAGAAAACCACGGAAGAAGAGAGGACGGGGUGUUGUGCCUCCAUUAUGUUGGCGAUGGAGUCGGAAGAAGCUGUUGUAUCAUCUACUAAAAGGACAACUUCGUGUAAGAGGAAAGGGUUUCUAACGUAUUAUUUUGUGCUUUUCAUUUUCAUCAACACUUCCAUUCCUCAUAAUUUUGUUAAUCUCUGUAUUCCCUUGAGUCUCAGGAUUCCCUGGAUAUUUGUAGCUCUUGUUAUUGUUUAGUGGCACAUUUCUGACAGGAGUUGCCAGUUGAAAGCUUAGAAUUUUUAUGUACUGUUGGUUCACCAAAUGCAACUUCACCCUUGUUAUCUUUCUCCA